CCGAACCCACCGUUCACGGAUUUCUUACCCGCCAUCUUCUCUCUCUCCACUCUCACACAGCGACAGUUUCUGCGUAUGUGCGAAGAACACAAAAAAUGGCGAUUAACGUUUCAUCGCCGGAGUUGCUCCGCAGAUUCACGACACUCAGCACUCGCAAUUAUGCUUCCCCCGCUUUUUCAGUGGCCGCGCCGCUCCUCUCCGUCAAUAGCAAUUGCCGGAGCAUACCCAAACUCUGUAAAUUGAGAGAAUCUGGUGUUCGAUCUCGUGCCAUUGUUGGAGAUACCGAAUUGAAAAUCGAGGAAGAGGACGCUUCGUUGCUUGGUGACGACAAUUCAGCUGAGGCGUCUUCCGUACAUAAACCGGUUGACGAAAUUAUUCAGAAGGUUCAGGAGCGAGAUUUUACGGGCACUCCUUAUGUUCCGAUUUAUGUGAUGCUCCCGUUAGGGAUCAUCAAUAUGGAUUGUCAGUUGGUUGAUCCCGAUGAAUUGAUAAAUCAUUUGAGGGUACUUAAGUCAAUUAACGUUGAUGGUGUCAUGGUGGAUUGUUGGUGGGGCAUAGUGGAAGCAAAUGCUCCUCAACAAUAUAACUGGAGUGGCUAUAGAAAGCUUUUCCAAAUUGUGCGAGACCUUAAUCUCAAGCUGCAGGUAGUUAUGUCUUUUCAUGAAUGUGGAGGCAAUGUCGGUGACGAUGUGCAUAUUCCCCUUCCAGAAUGGGUGAUAGAAAUUGGGGGUAAAAAUCCCGACAUCUUUUUCAUGGAUAGAGACAGAAGACAAAACCGUGAAUGUCUCACUUGGGGAAUUGACAAGGAACGAGUUUUGAGAGGUCGAACAGCUCUUGAGGUUUACUUUGAUUAUAUGAGAAGCUUCCGUGUAGAGUUUGAUGAGUUCUUUGAAGAUGGAGUCAUCACUGAGAUUGAAAUUGGACUUGGUCCAUGUGGGGAGUUACGUUAUCCAUCUUAUCCUGCCAAACAUGGCUGGAAAUAUCCUGGUAUCGGGGAAUUUCAGUGCUAUGACAAAUACUUGAUGAAAAGUUUGAAGAAAGCAUCAGAAGUGAGGGGCCACUCAUUUUGGGGUGAAGGGCCUGAAAAUGCAGGAACCUAUAAUUGCAAACCACAAGAAACCAAGUUCUUUUCCGAUGGAGGUGAUUACGAUAGCUAUUACGGCCGAUUCUUCUUGAACUGGUACUCUCAAGUCCUCAUUGACCACGGUGACCGUGUACUCACCUUUGCAAAUCUUGCCUUCGAAGGUACCCCCAUUGCUGCUAAGCUGUCGGGCAUUCAUUGGUGGUACAAGACAGCUAGCCACGCUGCAGAGUUAACCGCAGGGUUCUAUAAUCCAGCGAAUCGGGAUGGUUAUGCUCCAAUAGCAUCGGUAUUGAAAAAACACGAGACUGCUCUCAACUUCACAUGCGUUGAGUUGCGAACGAUGGACCAGCAUGAGGACUUUCCGGAAGCAUUAGCAGAUCCUGAAGGAUUGGUGUGGCAGGUGCUAAAUGCUGCAUGGGAUGUUGGAAUACCUGUGGCAAGUGAGAAUGCUCUUCCAUGCUAUGAUAGAGAAGGUUAUAAUAAAAUACUCGAAAAUGCCAAACCCUUUAAUGAUCCCGAUGGAAGACAUUUAUCGGCUUUUACCUAUCUCAGGCUAAGCCCAGACCUUAUAGAGGAACGCAAUUUUGUGGAGUUUGAACAAUUUGUAAAACGCAUGCAUGGGGACUCAGUACCGGACUUGGAGCAUUGCCUAGAAGAGGAGGCUCGAACUGUCGACGAAAAAACAUGAUUACGGACCAAAGAAGCCGGCUAAUGAUGUCAUUGGAUCCCAAUCUACAACGGACCAAUGGUAGUCGAUUGAUGUCGAAAAUAAAUGUUAGGGCCCGUUUGGAUUGGAUUUUAUAUCCAUUGGCGGCCAGAUCGAAUCUCUGUAUUGGAUUGAGAAGUAAGUCCGGGGGAUUUCAAAUCCUCUUCAAAAUUGAAUGGAUUUCGCCUACAUUUAAAAAAAAAAUCAGUAAAUUAUACUUGGAGAAUAAUUUAUUUAAAUUGCACAUAUUUUGUGAUGGUUAAUUUAUAUUGUAUGUAGCAACUAUUGGAUUUAGAGUUAAUCUUGUUCUACUA